AUGUCUCAAGGAAUAAAAAACUCUGUUGUGGUAGUAACUGGUGGUGCUUCUGGUAUCGGAUAUGAAAUAGUUUGCAAUUUUCUAGAGAAAGAAGCUAAAAAUGUCAUAUUUCUAGACGUUAAUGAAGAUGAAGGUAAAAAAGCUUUAGAGCUAUUAAGUGCCAAAUACGAUAAUAUACCAUGUGUCACAUGGGAUGAGAGAAUAUCUGAAGCAUUUUUGACAAGAACAAAACAACAUUCCUGGCAGAAUGUGGAUGCAGUUGGGAAAGCAACAAUUGAGGUGUUUGAAAAGGCAGAUAGUGGCACUGCUUGGGUAAUAGAAGGAGGAAACCCUAUAAAAGAAGUGAUAUAUUCUAAUGCUUAUUAA